AUGGCGGCGUUCAUGAGACGCAUGUUGUGGCAUCUUCUUACAGCAGAGCGAAGUAAUAUUCUGAAAAAAGGCAACGACUGUAUCGUAGAUUCAAAGAGAUACGUGCGAGCAUUGAAAAGGAGACCUGUGAAGGUGUUGUAUCCUGAUAGUGAGACGACAUCGAAACAGAGGUCAGAUAAAAUCGGCAACAAGCAGUCUCAGACAGUUGGGUCCACUGUCAACACCAAUUUAAAAAAUGAGACCACUGAUAGUGUUUUCAGCAUGUCAUGGAGUGCCAGAAAUGGCAAUGCAUCCUCAACGUCGGAACAUACAACCAAUCUGAAGGACCAACUAGGUGGCCUCAAAUUCGAAAGGGCCUUCCCUGGUGACAAAAGAUUGGCGUAGGUCUCAGUGCAUGUUGGCUAUCGACCCUAUGUUAGGUAGAUAGUUGAGUGAAUAUAUCCUCUUUCAUUAUAGUGGCUAGUAGAGGUCUAGUAACUACGGGGCUGUGAUGUAUGUUUGCAUGUAGGCUUUGUAUGAUAGUUGAUGUUCAGCCCAGAUAGCCUGCUAUGUUUCUUGCCCUUGACCACUUCUAUCCUCUCGCCAUCUACCAGGAGGGUGGUGAGUGUGGCUCGCUCCAGGACGUUUCGGGAGCACCAGGGUAAGAUCCUGUUGGAGGGGAGACGUCUGAUCUGCGAUGCCCUGGCUGCUGGUGCCAACCCCCAGAUGGUGUUCUUCAGUUCUGUGGACAGACUGUGUGAGCUCCCCUUGGACAAACUGAAGAGGGCCACUCUGGUCAAAGUCAAGUUUGAGGACAUCAAGAUCUGGUCUGACCUUGUAGCGCCACAGGGAGUGAUAGGUAUGAUAGGCUGCAUGAUUUCAUUUUCAGAAUGAUUUUGAAGUUGUUCUACAUACUACUGUAUAUUGUUGAGAAUAAGUAUUGUAUAUUGACAAUGCUUUCCCCUUGUAGCCAUAUUUUCUCGGCCAGACCCAUCCCGGCUGACAUUCCCUCAGGACCAGCGUGGUCAGUCUGUGCCACUGUCCCUGAUCUGUGACAAC